AUUUCAAAUUAUCAACAUGUUUGUUCCCCUUAAUUCCUCUAUAUAUUGGUUGAAGAAGACAGCAGACAUCACACCAUUCCUUCAAAGGCAAACAAACAAUAGAAAGUACAAAAUCAAAAGAGGAAAUUCAUGAUGUUGAUGCAUUGCCAUGAAUUGUGCAAGCCAGUCUCUAUUAUGAUUAUAGUUAACUUAGCUAUGGCUUUAGUCAAUGUACUUAUGAAGAAGGUUCUUAGUGAAGGAAUGGACUACAUGUCCAUUGUAACAUAUAGACAAGCAAUUUCAUUUAUCUUCAUGGCACUUAUUGCUUGUUUCUAUGAAAGGAAACACAAACUGGAGGCUCACAUAAUAUGUCUCCUUUUUCUCUCUGCUCUAGUCGGAGUUACACUCCCUCAAUACCUGUUUCUUCUUGGACUUGAAUACACUUCUGCCACAUUCUCAUGUGCAUUCCUCAACAUGGUGCCAGUAUUUACAUUCAUUAUGGCGCUGCCAUUUGGGAUAGAGAAGGUGAACAUGAAAAGCAAGAGUGGUAAAGCCAAAGUCUUGGGAACUUUUAUGUGCAUAUGUGGAGCUUUGUUAUUGGCUCUCUAUAAAGGAAUACCCUUGAUCAACUCCCAAUCACAAGACAUGGCAAACAAAGCUGCAAGCACAACCCGAGAUGCCUCAACAGAGAAAUGGAUUAUAGGCUCAACCCUUCUAACUGCAGGCUGCCUCUUCUGGAGUUCUUGGUUUAUCAUACAAGCAAAGAUUAGCAAAAGUUAUCCAUGCCAAUACUCUAGCACAGCUAUUUUGUCACUUUUUGCUGCCAUUCAAUCAGCAAUAGCAACUUUGGUCAUGAGGAGAAAUAAUGCCUCAUGGAUCCUCAAAGGAAAGCUAGAAAUAAUGAGUGUUAUAUAUUCUGGAUUAGUGGGAUCAGGUUUGUGCUAUGUGGCUAUGUCAUGGUGUGUCAAACAAAGGGGUCCAGUUUUUACUGCAGCAUUUAGCCCCUUGAUACAGAUAUUUGUGGCUGUGCUUGAUUUUACUAUACUAAAAGAGGAGAUUUACAUGGGAAGUGUUGCAGGAUCAGUCUUGGUCAUUGCUGGCAUGUAUAUUCUUCUAUGGGGAAAAAGUAAAGAGGGAGAGCAGUGUGUCCUGAAGGAUACACAAACAAAUCAAGAUGUAGAAUGUCAAUAACAAUACCACCAGUGAC